AUGCUUAAAAAGACUGAACUCGAUGGAGAAACCAAUCUGAAGGUGAAACAGGCUCUGACUGUAACUGGAGAGCUGGGAGACAACAUUGAGGCACUGGCUGCCUUUAAUGGUGAAGUGCGAUGUGAACCUCCCAAUAACCGUCUGGACAAGUUUAAAGGGACUCUGACUUUGAACGGAGAAAGAUAUGCCUUGGACAACGACAAAGUGCUGCUCAGAGGCUGUACUCUCAGGAACACUGAGUGGUGCUUCGGUCUGGUCAUCUUUGGAGGUCCUGACACUAAACUGAUGCAGAACAGCGGGAAGUCGAUAUUCAAACGGACAAGCAUUGAUCACCUGAUGAAUAUCCUGGUGUUAUGUAUCUUUGGUUUCCUGGCAUCUAUGUGCUCCAUUUUGACCAUUGGCAAUGCUAUCUGGGAAACAAACGAGGGCUCAGUGUUCACUAUGUUUCUUCCUCGUGAACCAGGCAUUGAUGCUCCUCUCUCAUCAUUCCUCAUCUUCUGGUCUUAUGUCAUUGUCCUUAACACAGUGGUACCAAUUUCACUCUACGUCAGCGUGGAGUUCAUUCGUCUGGGAAACAGCUUCUUCAUAGACUGGGACAGGAAGAUGUACUAUCCUAAGAAAGAUACUCCAGCUCAGGCAAGAACCACCACACUCAAUGAGGAGCUAGGCCAGAUUAAAUACAUCUUCAGCGACAAGACUGGCACUCUGACACAGAACAUCAUGACUUUCAACAAGUGCUCCAUUAAUGGAAAAGCUUAUGGAGACCUCUAUGACUUCUCUGGAGAAAGAGUGGCAAUUACAGAGAGGACAGAGAGAGUGGACUUCUCCUGGAACAAUCUGGCUGAUCCAAAGUUCAACUUUCAUGACCACAGUCUGGUGGAGAUGGUGAGAAGUGGAAACCCUGAGACUCAGGAGUUCUUCCGCUUGUUAUCCCUGUGUCACACUGUCAUGCCUGAGGAAAAGAAAGAGGGAGAGCUCAAUUAUCAGGCUCAGUCACCUGAUGAAGGCGCUUUGGUGACCGCUGCAAGAAACUUUGGAUUUGUGUUCCUAUCACGCACACCAGAAACCAUCACAGUCAUAGAGAUGGGCAGACAAGUCAUCUAUGAACUUCUGGCCAUUCUGGACUUCAGUAAUGUUAGGAAGAGGAUGUCAGUUAUAGUGCGCAGCGCAGAGGGGAAGUUGACUCUAUACUGCAAAGGUGCAGACACCAUGAUUUUUGAAAGACUGCACCCCUCCUGUAACAAACUGAUGGAAGUAACCACUAACCACCUCAAUGAGUAUGCAGGUGAUGGCCUCCGUACACUUGCUCUGGCCUACAAAGACUUAGAUGAGGCCUACAUGAUAGAUUGGACACAGCGCCACCAUGAGGCCAGUGUUGCCAUGGAGGGACGUGAAGAAAAACUUGAUGAACUUUAUGAAGAGAUAGAGAAAGAUAUGAUGCUGUUGGGAGCGACAGCUGUGGAGGACAAGUUGCAAGACGGUGUACCACAGACCAUUGAGCAACUGGCUAAAGCUGACAUCAAAAUCUGGGUGUUAACUGGAGAUAAGCAAGAGACAGCAGAGAACAUUGGCUAUUCCUGUAACAUGCUAAGAGGGGAGAUG